AUGUCCCAACGCAGUGGCCGCCCUCGGCUGUUCGCCCCGCCGAGUCGAGCAAGAAGGGCGUACGAACGCCAUCGACGAGAACUCGCUGAAUUUACCCUCAGCCGACAGCAGCAACCGCCGCCGGAACCUCUGGUGAAGCGACUGACGACACUGCAGUUGAUGAAAGAGAAGGCCAAGGAGGAAGACCGGAAAGAGAAAUUUAAGACGGAAUUUUCGACCGCCAUGACGGCUGAGGCGUCGUGCGGCGGAGAGCCGCCAGCAACCUCUUCUCUGUUUCCUGCCGUCUCUUCUCCCUUUGCUACGUCCUCGUCAUCCACUUCCUCCUCGUCUCCAUCGUCCUCCUCGCGGCCCUCUUCCUCCUCACCCCCCUCUUCCUCCUCGCCGUCCUCUUCCUCCUCGCCCCGCUCUUCCUCCUCGCCGCUCUCUUCUUCGGCGUGUGUCGCGGCUACUUCAGCUUCGUUGUUUGCGCAUGCGCCGGGGGCCAGCGACUUGGCGAAUUUGCCGGCGCAUAGUGUGGACAUGCGGAAGGAUGUGUCGAGUUUGGAGUCGGAGACGCGAGAUCUGGUGGCAGUGAACAAGGCGUACUUUGCGUCGUCUCGACUUGAAAGUGCGUCAGGACGCUUCGACCGGAUCCCGUUUGCGUAUCCAGAUCUUCCGCCUGUUCCACGUGCUUUGCAUGCAGUUUCCCACGCGACUCCCGGUCUCGCGGACCAGGAAGGCCCGGCCGCGCCUCGUCCCGCGCCACUUUGCGUGCCUUGCGAUUCGCAGAAGCGCGUGCCAGCGUCGCCUCGGACGCGGAGAGAUGCCAGCGGCGAGGAAAGGCGGGACCCAGCGAGGUCGAGAUCGGCCAGAGAAAACGCGCCGUGCGACGACGACUCCUCUGGGCGCAUCGUCUUUGCCGCGCCGUGUCUGGAGGUUGUCUACGGGAGUGCGACGCGCAAGGGCCUUUUCCACGACAACGAGGACCGCGUGAGCAUCGCCUACUGGGGAGGCGUGCCGGAGGACACGCUCUUGUCUGUGUCUUCGUUUUCCUCCUCGCCGUCUUCCUUCUCCCAGCAGUCCUCGAACUCCGAGCCGGCCGACGCAGCCGCGGCUGGGCGGCGCACUCGCGGCGGGGGAGAACGGCGGGCGAGUCUGUGCGCGCAGGCAGAAGGCGUGGCGUCGAAGCGGGAGUUGGAAGACGAGGAGCGCAAGCAGGCAAGUCUCGGGGCGAGAGGCAAGCCACGCGAAGAAACGUCCAUGCCUUCAUCGGUGUCCUCGACGAAUGCGUCAUCGUGCGCUUCCGCUGGAGGGCCUUCUGCGGAUUCUGGAGAGCUGGACGAGGGCGGGAGACGCAGCGGCGGUCCAGGCCUGAAGCGUUUGCAUUCGCUGCGCAUGCGCCUCCGCGGAGGCAGUGCGAGAGCCUCCCGCGCUGAGCGCGGGGAGGAGCCCGAGGCGCUUCUCGCGACGCAGAGUCUGUCCGAGGGCGUGGGUGCCGCCGACAGCCGGCGAGGCGAGUCGGGCCCCGCAGGGCUUCCGAGCGACUCCGAGGAUGAAGAACUUGCGCUGCUUCAGGUCGCGAGUGUGUCCCAGGCGUACAAGGCGGAAGAGGAGAGGCGCCUGCGGCACGGCCAGGCUCAGAGGCAGGCUCGAGAGGGUGGCUCGGGGUGGGACGGGCUGCUGUCGCCGUCGGCCACACGGAAGGCGACUCCGUCUGCGAAACCCAACCUCGUCCGUUCUUCUUCCGAGUGUAAAGACGAGGGCGAAUUGGUCGGCGGGAUGGCGAGCUUCGACGCGGCGGUUGCCUUUCCGUGCUUCAUCACUCCUCAGGGGCGCGUGCUGCCUCAGAAGCUUCCAUCGAAGCGUGCAGGGGACUUGCUCAUGGAGAUGCCAUUUGUUAGCGCGAAGAAGACGCGUUCGUGUCACCGCCCGGCCUUGCUCGAGUCGGGGCUCUGGCAUGACAAAGGCAAGAAGAAGGUCCAGGGCUGGGGGUACACCUCGCACGUGCCGGUCCAAGACACUCCGCAAGGAAGCGAAGCAGGCGUUUCCUCGCAGCCUGUGCGCCUCGCCUCCUCGCUCUCGUCUCUCGCGCAGCUCGAGAAAACCUCGAAGCGGAAGAAAGAGACAGCGAAGGACCGCCUGAAGCAACGGAGCUCUUUCUUCCGGAAACUGAAGUCCAGUGGAGAGCGCGAGACGCUGGAGACGAGCCCAGAGAGCGCGCACGCGACGGGAGACGGCCCGCAGACGGAGCCGGCAGACUCGGGUCCUUUUUUCGCGGGCGCGCACCGCGACAAGGCCGCUGCGGAGACCGGGCUGAGUCUCCCGCCUUCCAGCGCCUCUUGGUGUGACAGCGAGGCCGAGGGCCGCGCUGCAGGCUGUUCGGGAGGCUCUCGUAGAGACCAAGAGACACAGACAGCAGGCAGUCUGCAGAGCACCCCGCCGACGCCGCCGCCGACGCGCGGCGGCUCGCCGCACCGCGAGGAGAGACACCGCGACGCGCUCACACUCCGAAACGCCCCGACCUUUCUCUUCACCAUUUGCGACGGGCACGACGGACCCAGCGCUGCGGUGUACGCCGCCCUCGAGCUGCCAAGGCUGCUGUGUUUGCAGGCAGGAAGAGAGGGCCUGGAGGCCGAGACGGCGACAGCCCUGACACGUGCGGGGCAGACUGGAGGUUCGGGCCGCAUGGGGAGUCACGCCAACGCGAAGCCGAAGAACGAUGGGUUCGACUGGGGUCAGAGCCAAAAGAACGACGAGCCGAACGACGUUUUCAAAGACGUCUUUCACGAACUCGACGAGCGUUUCAGGUGGCAGUGCGCCCGGCUCGCCGCGAAGACCGGUCAGGCGUGCACCAGCGGCGCAUGCGUCCUCUCCGUUCUCGUCCGCGGAAAUGAGUUGAUUUCUCAGAGCGUCGGCGACUGUCGUGUGGCUCUGUUGACCAUCGACAUCGACGCAGGCGCGCGCAUGUAUCGAGACACUCUUCUCUUUGGAAGCUCCGCCUCGUCCGACGACGUCCUCGACGUUCGCGACCCCGGGGACUUGUUGAGAAUUCAAGUGUCCUCCUCCGAAGGGGAAGCAGAGGCGUCCCGGGCAAGGAACAGAGAGAGGGAAAAGGCGCCGAAGGCCGAUAUGCGCGAGGCGAGGCGAGACAGAGAAGGUCGUCCGGAGGAGGACGAAGAGAUGAGGCGGGAGCAGAAACGGGCGGAAAAAAGGGGAGCAGAAGGAAGUGCUUCGUUACCGGAUCGAGGGGAAGCGUGCGGUGCUGCAGGAGAGGAGCCUCGCGGCCCGCAGUCCGCUCGCGCCUCUCCUUGGCGGGAAGCCGAGCCCAGAGUUGGAACGAGCGACACGGACGGCCGCGAGGAUCCCUCGAGUCUCAGAACAGGCCCCACGCGGAUGGCUUGUCGCGACACGUUCGCACAUCAGACCUCGCCCCGCCAAUCCGCUUCUUCCGCGGUUGCUACUUUACCGUCGAGCGAAGCGCGUGCUGCUGCGCAUGCGUUGUCUCCCGAGCCCGCGGAUCCCGUCGAAGAGUUUGACGGGGACAUUCCCACGGAGACGCCGCCGUGUGGUUCUUUCGCCGCUGCGUCCGGGGAAAGCGAGGAAGGUUUCGUCGCGGCGGCCGAGGACACUGUGUCUGUCUCUUCUUCCCGUUCGUCAGCCGGUGAGGGUGCUAGCCCGCCUUUCGCUGCGCGGUCGCCCUCAGUCUCCAUCGGCUCGCGCCUCCAGGUAGGCGAACACACGGAGCGGCCCUCCUUGGCCUCGUUUUCUGCCUUGCCAUCGGCUUCAGCUGCGUCUGUCGCCCGGUGCGCGUCCGCGGGAAGUGAAGCGGCGGCGCGGCGGCAGUCCGGAAGUCGCGGUAUCGCGGGGGGGAAGACUCCGCGACCGAAGCUGCGGCUCCGACACCCGUACCAGAACAAACCGUUUCUCCUCCAGUUUUUGAACACGGAGCAUCGAUGCCACAACCCGCAAGAGCUGGCGCGCGUGCGGCAGGCAGGCGGCUCGAUCUUCGCCGGCAGAGUCGCGGGCGUGUUGGAGCCUUCGCGGUCGAUUGGCGACUUUGAUGUGAAGGACGCACAGCCGGCGGGGGUGCUCAUCGCCACGCCGGAGGUUUGUCGAGUGCGGAUCCGAAAGCCGACGCUGGUCCUCCUUGGAACCGACGGCAUCUGGGACACCAUUUGCCCGACAGACGUCGUCGCGUGUCUCAAGAAGGUCCCGCGGUUUUGGCAGCUCCUCCUCGCUGCUUUCCGAGAGCGCAUGCAGGAGCAGACAGAAGCCGUAUACGAGCCGGGCCCAGAUCCAGGCGAUUCUGCCGCUUCGUCUGAAGCGUGCGGACGCGGCGCGGGAGGGGGCUGUGGCGAGUCGCAACCGCGAGGCGCACGCCACACGGCGACGGUGGGACAUCAACGCCUCAAGACGGGCGUCAAGGCGGACGUCCUCAGCCGCAUUUCCGAAGAGUUGAUCAAAGCGGCGCGGCGCAAAGGCAGCGACGACGACGCCACAUGUCUCGCCGUCUUCCUCAACCCCGCAUCCGCCUUGGCAGACCCCGAGAAAACGCCCGUUGUCGACUGCGGCAACACCUGCCUGCCCUCGGGGCUCUUCUCGGGCGGCAAUGCAGCACGGCGAACCAAAAAGGAAGAUGUUUUCUGUGGUGUCAGAGAAACGUAG